CUCCAGGUGAAAAGCUCAUUUCAAGUUAUUCCUCUUAAUUUUAGUCUUUUUAGGAUCUUCAUUUUAGAAACUAGGCCACAAACUCUGCAUUGUGCAAUAUGAAAUUUAUUUAUUAUCUGCUUUAGAAUGACAAAGAGGGGGGACCAUCAGCAAUAUUGGCUCCAUUCACUAAACAAUCAGUCACAAAAGUAACUGUUGGCAUCACUUCCAUGGGUAAUUUUUAAUUUGUAACAGUUUGAAUUAAGGCAUAAUUCUAGUGUGCUCCAUAGUGGAGAUAUAUAUAGAGAUAGAUAGAUAUAGAUAUAAAAUUACUUUUUUUUUCUUAAUAUGGAAGUAAUGGUGAAGAGAGAAAUAGAUAAGCACUUCUAAAUUGCUUUAGGUUUAACAGAUCCUUCCUGUUCUCAAAGGUUGCACUAUUAUUAACUUUUCAGAAGUGUCAUAACCUAUUUUUUCAAUUCUGUUUGUAAACAGACUAAUAAAGCUCAGAAAACCCAUCUGUUCUUGCUUUAGUGGGGACUUCAUCAAAUACCUCAUUUUUCAUUUAGUUCUUAUUUCUCAUUUAAUUGUUCCCAUAAGAAGAGAAAUACUCAGUAUUGCCCUCCUUGCUAGAUAUACAAGUAAAAUCUACAGAUGAGAGUAACCUGACUUUGAUGUAAAUUGGCAAAAAAAUCAAUCAGGGAGGUGGCAGUACAGUGACUGGAACAAAUCCUUUCUUAAGAGUAACAUAAAAGACAUGAAUAAGAAUCAUUUUACAGCAAUUCUGCACAUUAUUUUUGUUUGAAAUAGGAGUGGAUUGCACAUGUCAUCAAACCCUAAUCUAGCACUUGCAUGAUAUGUAGCUUGGAUUUUACAUGGAUUAAAAUUGCUUGCAGCUCUCUACUGUUUCACAGUAGAGUUGGGAAGUGCUUCGCGCUGACUCCUAAACCUUGCUGCAUCUUUUUCACUACACUGAGCAGCUCAAAAGCCAGAUGAAAAUGCUGGAAGAGAGAAAAUAAAAAGGCUCAGUAUCGUAAAGAGAGAUGAAUCAAAUUUGUCUGCUUCAGAUUUGGAUGUAAGAUUUUGCAGCAGGCAUAGCACAAGGGUUUCUUUUGGAGGUGGAAGCCAACAAUUUGCUGCUGUCUGAUAAUCCACUGCCUUUCCAGGCAUGAAAAGAUCUUGAAGUAGGCUUUGCCAUCCUUCAUCCACCAAAAGGCACCCUGAGUUGUCAAGGACCAUGCGGUGGUCGAUACAUUACUGUGCAUUUUCCCAUCUGGAUGUAGGGAUUGCAGCUCGGUAGAGUAACCGCCAGCCCCGCGUGAGGUGGGUACGGCCAUCCAGCAGCUCUGGACUGCACAGGGCACAGCACCGGUACCUGCUCUGCUUCAGCCAUGUUGACAGGGUGGUUUAAUGCCUUGCCCACGACUUCUCCUCUCGCCGGCUUCACACCAGCUUUGUCCAGUCGGAGGAUGAGGCUCGGGUGGAUCAGAUUCCCACUGAAGUGUCCCCGGCAUCCAACAGCGGUUGGGUCUGGGCUUUUGCUCACUGAUCUGAAAAGGCCGUGUUGGUGAGCGCUCCUGCCCCUCUCGCGUUUCAGAGCUGCUUGGCGUUUGACGCUGUGCUGUUUCUUUCUUUUCUCUGGAUGCAUUUGCUUCUCUGUUCUUCCGUAUGCGCACUGUACCUGCUCCAAGCCAGGAAGGAUCCCGCUCCGUCCCAUAGCAGCUGCUGCCGUGGCCGAACCGAAAUCGCAGAAGCGCUCCUGGCGGAAACUAGCCACUCACGAGGAAGCACGCAGGGUGGGCAGAUCUGCUCGCUUGUCCUGGGGGCUCCCGCCUCGCCAGUGACCUUGAGCGUGGUGAGACGGAAAGCAAUGCUGCCCGAAACGCAACCGGUGUGACUCAGCCUGGCGUGGGAGUCCCAGCAGCCCUUCACGCUGCAGAACUAUCGCAUGUUGUUAAUUAUGUUGCAAACAGUGUGUUGAAAAAUCAGUUUUACCUACAAAACAGACCACAGAAGAAGAAUUAGGGAAGUCGGUAGGAGCAAGCCUAAGGUGUAAUAGAGGUGUGAGCAGAGAGCUCAUUUGAGUAUGGAUGUGUAAACACAGAAGAAACUUGCUUCAGAUACCUUUUUUUCUCUCCUUUCGUCUUUCCUUCCUUCCCUCCUUCUCUUAAUUGCACGGAAAUUCCUUAUCAAUGGGAGAAAAGGCUUUUUUGAAAAAGCAUUUCCACGAGUGCUUAAUGGUGGCCUGUGAGAAUGAUCAGAAAUUGGUUUCCAUUUUUCACAAUUUUAAAAUUUAUUUUCAAUAGAAACCCAGAAUGUUUUAUAGGGAGUAUUUUCAUUUGGAAAUGCUGAAAUCAGGCAGAUGCAAGACCCACGUAUCGUUAACAAGCUGUGUUUCUUUUUUCAGACUACAUGCUCUGACAGAUGUCUUCUGUAGGUACCUUCAAGUUUCACUGUCUGCAGUUGUCCCGAUGGUUCUUCCAUGGGAGUGAUGCAGGGAACCAGCUGCCUGCAUGGCUGCUGUUGCAGUUCUUGCAGGUCUCCAUCAGACUCUGGAGCGCGAAGCUCCCCUCGCCCGCCAAAAGUGGUCCUUACAGUGAUGUGUGUGCAGAGGGCUGUGUUUUGGUGCAUGUGGUUUGUGCCACACCUGGACCUCCAAAACCUCCCCCAGGGGAAUAACUUCGUAGGGCCAUACCUGUGCGUUGGAUGGCAGACAGGGCAAUGCAACCGCGUCUUCCCUCCCCAGCUCGGCAUGCUACAGAUCAUUCACGGCAACGGCACGGCCGUGGGGACGGUGAUAACGUUCCAGUGCUCAGCCGAGCACCAGCUGGAGGGACCGGGCGUCAUCACCUGCAUUUGGAAAGGGAACAGUACCCAGUGGACAGCCGGAGUGCCCUCCUGCAAGCCCAUAUCAAAAUAUGAGACUUUUGGAUUUAAGGUCGCAGUGAUUGCCUCCAUCGUGAGCUGUGCCGUCAUUCUGCUGAUGUCCAUGGCUUUUUUAACUUGUUGUCUUAUCAAGUGUGUGAAGAAAAGUGAAAGGAGGAGGACUCAAAGUUGGUCUGCUAGAAGAGAUCAUCUCUGCCUACAAACCUGUCUUGCAAGAGAUAUGCAGCUGUGGUACCAGCUCAGAACUGAAGAACUAGAGCACAUGCAAGCUGCUUACUUUGGUUUUAAGGGAAGAAACAAUAACAACAACAAUAAGAAACUCAGGAAUAAACCUGUAUUUGAUGAUGUGACUAACAUGGCAUACGAUAACCAAGGCUUCUACAGGGUGUGCAGGGCAAACACAGUGGGAUCCUCAUCUGAAAGGCAGCGUGAAUGCCCACAGUGUGGGAACCCUGAGCCUGGGGUAGUCCAAAGAAAUGUCCACGCUGAAAUAAGUGCAUCAUGUACUGUGGGUGCAUGGAUGGUGGGCACAGAGGUGAUGUGAGCCUGGCUAAUCACUAGCCAGAGCAAAAAUCAGCUAGGAGAGCGGGUGUAUUAAUCUGUGCACCCCAGAGCCAAAAGUCUAGCCAUUUCACACGUGGAGAACAGGCGCUGCUUCUAAUCAGAGAUGGAAAUGGCAUUGAAGCUGUGACAGACUCUGAAUGAAACUGUCUUGGAAUUGCUCUAUGAACAGGUGUGACCCUUCAUCAAUUCAUACCUUGCUCCCUUUCUUCACUCAAAUAAAAUCUAUUUAAUCAAAGUUAGUGAAAGAUGCUAAUUUCUACUGUUUAAUUCUGUUGAAUGGAUAUAUGCACAGGAUGAGAUGUGGGAAUUCUGCUAAUGUAUUUCAUGCCAUCUCUUGAAGACAACAAAUGAUCUGUCAGCUUUGUGUUUCACCUGCAAGACUUACUUUUUGUGUGUGGCAAAUUAGGCUAAGUUUCAUCAUCGUGUGCACAUCCAGCUUACCGGGAACAGCAGGGCAGUGUAGGCAAAUCCCUGGGCAGGUGCAAACAUGAAGCUGGCUUAUGCUGGGAAGACCAGCAGGAAAGGACAUGUUCACUACCUGGGUUAUUUCUGCGGUACCUUUCUCCGUUUAACGUGAAGCAGACGUGUUGGCAGCUUAUGCUUGGAGGACGUCUCUAACCAUGUGGCUGUUGCUGUAGGGGCGGAGCUGUUAUAGCACUAAUUGUCCAAGGAAAUAAAUAAAGGCAUGCAGUGUGGUUGGAAAAGAGCAGCGAAACUGAGGGCGAGCAAGCCCAAAGGAAAAAGAUUUCUGUAUAUUGCUGCAUGCAUGUGAACCAAAGUGUGUAUCCAUGGUCACAAACAAGCCAAAAGAUAAUUUAACCAAGGCUCCUCAAGGAAGGUUCAGACUUGACAUAAGGAAGUAUUUCUUUACCGAGAGGGUGGUCAAACCCUGGAACAGGCUUCCUGGAGAGGUGGUCGAUGCCCCAAGCCUGUCAGUGUUUAAGAGGCAAUUGGACAAUGCCCUUAAUAAUUUGCUUUAACUUUUGGUCAGCCUUAAAGUGGUCAGGCAGUUGGACGAGAUGAUCGUUGUAGGUCCCUUCCAACUGAAAUAGUCUAGUCUGUUCUGUUCUGUCCUGUCCUGUCCUACCUUAUCCUAUCUUAGUCUUGUGUUAAUGUUUCAGACAUUUGGCGGAAUUUGUGCAAUGCAUCGCUAGACCUAUGAGCAAAUCAGAAAUCCUGCUUUGAUUUUCUAAUAAGGAACUGUCCUAAGAAGCACAGGAGGCUGAUCAUUUUCUCCCUGCCUUUUUCAGGGCUGCAAUAUGUGGUGUUCUCUGUGUUACAGCCAUGGGAAGUGGCUCUGCAACCCACUUAGAAGGGGAAGGCUGAAAGAUGAGUGGUACCCUUGUCUGAGAAAAGAGUGGGUGGAGGCUUGGCAAUUUAAGUCAUUUUUACGAUAGCAUUUCCUUUUCUUAAAGAAAAUUGUUCUGCUGCUUCUCCAUGUAACAUAUGAAGUAUCUGGAAGAGUGAGAACUCCUCCACCCUUGAAAAAGACCCUCUUGAAUAUAUCUUAGCCUGUUUUUGUCUAGGAAAGGAUGUAGGUCAUGCUGCUUUUCAGACUUAAUUGAAAUAGGUUUAGAGAUUAACAAGAGGUUAACAUUUUGAUUCACCUACUUUCAGGAUCAAAAAUACUGUAAGAACAAAUAAAAUGAGAAGUCAAUUAUUUCAGGUAAGCCAAUAUAAAAUAAAACAAAAAGCCAGUUCUUUCAGACAGGUAAGAUAUUUGUUAUGGUUUACAGAGUAAUUUAGGAUUAAAAAACUAUCACCUGUUAAAGUAGUGCCUUAGUAUGCCAAUGAGAUAAUUUUGGCUGUAAUGACAUGACAUAAUGUGGGUGGAGAAUGCUGAUGUAUAGAAGUUAUAAAUAAUGUAGAAGCCCAGCUGUUGGACAGGAGACGCUCCAGUGUGCUAUUCUGGACCUGUCUGCCACAAAAUGAGGUCGUUUUCCCCUUGUGUUAGAAGCAUGGAACAAAUGCGAUGAAUGUAUAGUUUUGCGGGGAAAUGUUGAAUUUUAGUGGCAACUAUUCUAAUUAUAAUGAGCUCCAUUCUGGCUUCUUGGCUGCUUGAACAAAUUGCUUUAAAAUGCUGAAAAAUAUGUCUACAAAUACCUGGGAUCAUUAAGUACAGAGUGCAGUCACUGUUGACACCACCUCUUUAAUUUGGAUCUAAGGAAUCCUAAUGAGGGUAAAAAUAUCAAUUUUUAGCAGAAAGUCUUAUAUGCAGGAGUUGCAAGCAUUGGCAGCAUCUUUGCUCUUUUAUAAUAUUUGAAGAGCUAACUAAUGCUGAGCAGGGAAAGACAAGUUACAAGGCAUGGGGCCGCUGGGCGGGACAUGUUUUCCCCAGCAUUGCUUCUCAGAAGUUUAGAGCAUAGAGCAGAGAUAGCAGGUUUCUGCGUGAUGCAGAGGUUUGAGACAGAUUAGCUGAAGAAAAGGGUCUGCCGUCUAUGGGAGGGAGAUUAGCUGCAGCUCUGGGCCACGUAGUUAGAGGAGAAAAACGUGCAUGAACCUCCAAAACAGCCCGCCUGGGAGGAUUGCUAGGCAGAGGCAGGACUUGUCAACAUGGGGCUCUAUUGGGAAUAGCUCUCACAGCCUGACUGCAGCAUGUAUCAGGAGAAAAUCAGUAAAUUAUAUUCUGCUCUCUUUAACAUUUUAAAAUUUAAAAGUCUUGCCAGUUCUGCCCAAGAAUGAAACCAGGACUGUUGGCAUCAUUCAUCCAAAGUGAGAGACCUUCCUCAAAGCAGCCGGGAGCACCGCGCCUGCUUGGGGUUAGACAGGCACUGUGGCUCUCGCCGGGACGAGCCCUGAGCACCAGGGACAUCUGGUAUUGCAGAGGAACUAGCAUUUGAAACGCCGUGCUGCAUUUAAGAGUUUUGUUGAAAAUGGGUACCUUCCUGAGCAGGAUAUGGGUUUUUUUAGUCAGUUAUUUUCUGAUGAACAGUAAUACCUGCCCCUGCAGUAAUCCUUCUCUGGAACAAUUGCUUGGGCAACCACCACCCGAGAUGAACAGUCCUCUUCCAUCGCCAGCAAACAGCCAUGUGGGAGAGCUUAGACUUAGUCAGCUGCCUGAGCAGGCAGGUUGUCCUCUGCCCCAUGACAGGCACAGGGUAAAAUAUCAGCAAAGAGAAGCUUAAUGACAUCUGUCCUUCCUCUGGGCCAGCUACCGGUAAUGUUUGAGAGAUGGAAGUGAAUGUCACUAAGAAAUUAUAUUAAAGAAACUGGUGUCGAAAAGAAGAGUGGGGUCACCCUAACGGGGGCACGGGGGCACACUCACCCGCUGCCAUGGGUCAGCAGUAGCUGUUCCCCAGGUGAAGGGUUGGUACAGGUGGGCUGAGGCCAGUUUGGCCUUGGGAUCCCCUGCCUGGAGUAAGGCAGAGAAACUCCAGUGGCUUGCUUGUAACUCCCAAACUGAAAUAGCAGCCUCCUCUUUUCCAUUAAGUAGUCCUAGCCAUGCCUUUAGGAGAAAUCAUAAAAAUAUAGAAUCAUAGAAUCCUAGAAUCAUUUAGGUUGGAAAAGACCUUUAAGAUCAUCGAGUCCAACCGUCAACGAUGCCCACUAAACCAUGUCUUGAAGUGCCUUGUCUAUGCAUUUUUUGAAUACCUCCAGGGAUGGUGACACCACCACUUCCCUGGGCAGCCUGUUCCAAUGCCUGACAACCCUUUCAGUAAAGAUUUUUUUCCUAAUAUCCAAUCCAAACCUCCCCCGGCACAACUUGAGGCCAUUUCUUCUUGUCCUAUCACUAGUUACUUGAUAGAAGAGACCAGUAACCACCUCACUACACCCUCCUCUCAGGUAGUUGUAGAGAGCGAUAAGGUCUCCCCUCAGCCUCCUUUUCUCCAGGCUGAACAACCCCAGUUCCCUCAGCCGCUCCUCACAGGACUUGUUCUUUAGACCCUUCACCAGCUUCCUUGCCCUUCUCUGGAUGUGCUCCAGCACCUCAAUUCUUUCCUGCAGUGAGGGGCCCAAAACUGAACACAGCACUCGAGGUGCGGCCUCACCAGUGCCCAGUACGGGGGGACGAUCCCUGCCCUGUUCCUGCUGGCCACACUGUUCCUGAUACAGGCCAGGAUGCCGUUGGCCUUCUUGGCCACCUGGGCACACUGCUGGCUCAUAUUUGGCCGGCUGUUGACCAACACCCCCAGGUCCUUUUGUGCCGGGCAGCUUUCCAGCCGCUCUUCCCCAAGCCUGUAGCGCUGCGUGGGGUUGUUGUGACCCAAGUGCAGGACCCAGCACGGAGCCUUGUUGAACCUCACACA